AUGAUAAAACUUAAUCGUGCAUCUGGUAUUCUUGUCCAUAUUACUAGCCUUCCUGGACCAAAUGGUAUUGGUGAUAUUGGUGAUGAAGCUUAUAAAUUUGUCGAUUUCCUACAUGAAUGUUAUCAAAAAGUUUGGCAGAUUCUUCCUUUAACUGCCAGUGAAAAACCGUCACCAUAUUCUGGUACAUCAGCAUUUGCUGGUAAUCCAUUAUUGAUUAGUUUAGAAAAAUUAGUUGACGAUGGUCUACUUGUUCAGUCGGAUAUUGAAUCAAGUCGACCAAGAUUUGGUGAUCGAAUUGAACAUAAUAAAGUAUUUAAAUGGAAAUAUAGUAUAUUAAAUCUGGCAUAUAAUAAUUAUAAACAAAAUCAUUUAGCAAAACUUAAAAAUGAAAUUGAUGCAUUCACCAAAAAAGAACAUUAUUGGCUUGAUGAUUAUACACUUUAUAUGGCAAUUAAAGCUGAACAAAAUAAUCAAUCAUGGGCAAAAUGA